UUAUUGUUUUGAUUUGAUUUUGACGUCCCUAAUAAUGAUUAGGAAAUGAGAAGUUACCUAAAUAAAUAACAAGAAUUUUUGGGAUAUCAUUUAUGUGGUUCAUUCGAUUCAAUUGAAAUAUAGGAACUAGCACCAUUUUUUGGAUAUAACUUAUGGUUAUUUAAUAAAUCAAGGGAUCAUUACCAUAAUAAAUUGAUUUAACUACGAUGUUAUCAAGUUGUUAAGGCUUUCGUUGCUAUCUAUCACUAAAAUUAGUGCAGUGCAGUUCAGUUUAUCACUAUUGCCUAACUGAUAUUGAGAUAAUGCCCAAAAGAACAUCCCAAAAGAAUGGAAGGAAGCAAAAAGACACAAAUGAUGAGCAACCAAAAGAUGGCUCGAAAAAGCAGGUUAAAACAGAAGAAACUUCUUCAUCAAUAAAAGGAAACCUUAAAAUGACUCUUAGUAGUAUUCCCUUCAGGCAGCACCGAGAAAAGAAAGCUGGUCGUCCACCGGGUGGAAAACGUUUCGCUGUCAAGGAAAUACCAGGAAAAUUGAAAUCAGCAAUCAGAAGAAGCUUAGACCCCUGUGAUAAUUCAAAUGAUAGCGGUUUAGGUUUUGAUCAUCACACGGAUAGUAGAAGCAACAUAGGCAUAGCCGACCGUCUAGGUUGGCCGAGUUCAGUUGGAAAGAAACCUAGGUUAGAUGUUAAAGUUGAGCAUGAUGAGGAUAAUGAUGGAUACUGCUUUCCUGAGACAAUACGAGCCACGAAAGAAAAUUCAUCAUUAAUUCGAACAUCCAACUCUAACUCGAUGCCAUCUAUGGGAUUACCAAGUAAUCAGCUCAAUUCCUCUGGAAGGGCUGCCUCUUCGUGUGUACCUUUAAGUUUGAGGCAUGCGCCAUCUUCGCCAAUAUCAUUAUCAACCCAGUUAACUACCACAUCACGUUUCUCUGAUGCCACUUUAAGUAUUGUAAAGCAACCCGAACAGCAGCAUAGAGCUCGAUACCAAACAGAAGGUAGCAGAGGUGCUGUAAAAGAUAGAGAAGGCAAUGGUUUUCCUAUUGUUCAACUAAAUGGUUACUAUAAACCUGCUACAUUACAGGUUUUCAUUGGAACUGAUGUAGGUAAAGUAAGUCCCCAUAUGUUCUAUCAAGCAUGCAAAGUGAGUGGAAAAAAUUCCACACCGUGUAUUGAGAAGAAGAUCGAAGGAACCUGCGUGAUUGAACUGCAACUAGACCCCACAAAAGAUAUGAGUGCUACUUGUGAUUGCGUAGGCAUAUUGAAAGAGAGAAACGUGGAUGUGGAACAUAGGUUUCCUGACCAAUUAGGAAAUCGAAGUAAGAAAAAAUCUACACGAUGUAGAAUGAUAUUCCGCACCACUUUGACUCACGAAGAUGGCAGACAAGAAACAUUGCAAGUUGGUUCUCAACCUAUUGUUUGUACACAACCACCUGGGGUUCCAGAAAUAAGCAAAAAGUCCUUAACUUCAUGUCCUGCUACUGGAGGCCUAGAAUUGUUUGUUUUGGGAAAGAAUUUUUCCAAGGAUACCAAAGUUUAUUUUCAACAAACUAAAGAUGACCGUACAGUGAUUUGGGAACAAACAUGUAUUCCAGAUAAAGAGUUUUUGCAGCAAACUCAUUUCGUAUGUGUGAUACCCCCAUAUAGAAGACCAAACAUCACAGAACCAGUCUCGGUGAGAUUAUUUGUGGUAGCUAGUGGUAAAGCUAGCGAAUCACAUCAGUUUUUAUAUACCCCUGUUAAUGGGGCUGUCCUUAGUGUACCCACGGAGCCUGUUCCUCAACAAACACCGUUUUUCAAUAAGAUGCUAUGGACUGCAUCUCUGACUAAAAGAGAACAAGACUUGAGUAUUAUGCCACCACCGGAAACCAGCAUGGUUCCUUUAGCUACUCGUAGGCCAAGUCUUUCCCAGUCGGAAACAUUAUCUCCACCCUUGCACUCCUUGAAACAGGAAUACAUAGAUGAAAACAGCCAAAAUUCUAUUAUGGAUUCAAGUGAUAUUUGCCAGGAAAGGUACAGACAAAUUUCCGAAAGUUCUCUUGAUGUACAUCACGGCGAUUCAAAUAUUUCCAUGAUAAAUGAAAAUUCUGUUGAUGUCAUGCAUCACAGUAAUGCAACCAGUUCAGAUAUGCUUCAUCACGAUAAUUCUAAUAUGAGCCCAACCGAAAACAGUGAAAUGAUUGUCAGAAGAAAUUCUCUUAGCAGAACCAUGAGUUCUAUACAUGAGAACUCUUUGGAUGUUAAUGUAGACAGCUCCAACAUGACAAUGAUAAAUGAAGACAGCUCUUGUAGUAGUGUUAUGCAGUGUGCCAGUUCUAAUAAUCAGUUGUUCAUAAAUACAAAUUCUCUACAUCAACAAAAUAUAGCAGGCUCUCCCCAUCAUUUAAAAGAAGGGAAUGAUUCCAAAGUGAUGGAUUUAACAAUGAAAUUUCCAAUGGGAACUGUAGCUGAUCUGGUUUGCAAUGCACCUCCUUCAAUGGCAACUCUGCAGAAUUUUGGCAUUACUGAUGCAUCUUCAGCUCCAUUGCCAGCACAAAGUGGACAAAGCGUUGAGAAUUAUCUCGAAAAGAUACGUGUUAAAAAUUCUCCAACAAACAGCACAUUAUUAGGUGAAUGUUUCAAAGGUAAAAUUGUAAAUAAUACGCUAUUAAGUAAUCAAAAUAUGUGUAUUCCAAUACAAAAUUCCAAUGAUGUCAUGCCUAGUUCUGAGAGUCAUUUAUCAAGAAUUGCAGAACCGGUGUUCAUGUCAUCUCAACAAUCUUUUGUUGUUGAAAAUAAUUCUAACACUCCAAUGGCCAUGAUAUCUAAGACUGAACAUAUAGAGGAACAUAAGACACCUUCAUUGCUUCAAGCGAACUUGUCUACAACCUGUCAGUUGGAUGCCUUUUUGAAUUCUACAGCUGACCAUCUUAUGAAUAACGCUUCUUCAAAUAGAUCUGAAUCUGUGAAAAAUACUCAAAUUCCUUUAGUACCAACCAAAAACCAACCGAUUUCAAUGAACUCACCGACUGCGCUCAUGGUUUCUUCAGUUUUGAAACCACAGAUAUCCCCUUCGGACACCAAUUCAAAUCAUAUUGCGUCCACUAUACCUUCAGAAGUCAUCUUAAAUUCCCAAGUUUCCCCCUCUAUGAUGUGUCAUGCUUCGCCCAAUACAUUACCCCAAGAUUCAAUACUUUCCUCAUCGAAUCUCUGUCUGUCAAAUAUAGAAAGCAAUUUAAUGUCGAGUACAAUAAAUUCACAAAGGAUAUUGAUGCAGACAUCUCCUGGACAUGUUUCACCAUCUAAAAUUACUGCAAUUCCUACAACUAUGCCUACUCAACUCUCAUUAACCACCCAAGAGAAAGAAGUAAUUUUGGAAGCAGCAGUUGAUUUGUACAAAACACAAGAAAAAAUUUCUAACAUGGAUUGUCUAAAUAAUGAGAAUAAGGAACCAAUAAUCGGUAGUUUAUAUAUGAACAAUUUCCUUACAAUCCCCAAUGGAGGUCAAAAUGAAUCAAAUGUUCCGGUUUCAAGCAAUAUAUCAGCUCAACUCCAAACAACAUCUAAUGAAACUUUCAACACUCCAGCAUCAAAUAUUGAAAAAAACGAUUUUUCAAUUCCUAUUUCUGUGAAAGAAAUGCAAAUUACAUCUCACUCCCCCAUCAGUUCUGUUGAAAAGAAAAUUGAGGACAGGAUGAUACCCCAAGGAUUCACCACUCUUAGUGAAAAUGAAUUAAUCAACUUCAUCAAUCCUAGUUGUUUUGAUCAAGGUAACAGUUAUGCAUAGUUCAGUAGUAUGUUGAAUGUUAUAAAAUGAAUAAUAUUUGCUUGCUGUAGUUGUAUUUUUAGCACUAAUUAUAUUGUUUGUUUCUGCAUCCUUACUUUGUAGUUGUUUUUUAAUAUUGGUUAUUUAUGAAUUAAUGUAUGUUUUAUUCUUUGAGAUAUAUUCGUGAAUUCUAUAUAUUUUAUGAUAUAGAUAGUAUUUUAUGUAAAUAAUAAGUUGUAGUUCAAUGGAAUUACAAUGAAAAUGAAUUUAUUAUUGUUGUUUAUCAAGACAAAAUUUUCAUGAAGCUGAAUGACUCUUCCAAUAAUAAUCAGAACUGAAAGACUAAAAAAUUCAGCAACAUUUUAUUGAUUCGAGGUUGAAUUGAUAAUUGUUUUUAUGAUUUUUUCUUUGUUCUCUAAUGUUAGCUCUUGAUAAAAAAUUGCAUGCUGAAUUUUCUUAAAUACUAAAGAUCAUGGAGGAAUUGUGCAACCAAUUUGUAUGUUUUGUUUUUUUUAAUUCAAAUUAAUGCCAUAUUUAUACCUACUAACAAAUGAAUAUUUCAUAAUUUCUAUCAAAAAGAUAAAACUCGUUUUGAAAAGCCUAAUACCAUAUUUUAUCUAUUAAUUUUCAUUCAAUCAAAAAUUAUAUUGAAAGGUAUAGGAGAAAAAUCAUCAAUGUCCAUUUGAGAUAGAUUUGAAAUGAUAUAAUGGAAACUCAUUAUUAUUCCAUCUUUGGCCUUGUUUUAAGUGGAUUCGUUUAGUUUUUCUCCUCAGUAAUGAUUGUACAUAUUAGUAUUCCUAAAAAGCUACCAUGUGGAGUCAUUAUCUCAUAAUCGACAAACAUGAUCAAUGAUGUUUUUUCCCCUGUACCCUUCAAUUGAACACUGAGUUUUAAUGUAUUGUGUGUUGUUUAGUACUUUAGGUAGCAAAACAAAAUUUAGUCAACUUUUGUUGCAAAUUGUUAUUUAUUAGUAAAUAAAGAGAUUUCUUGUGAAAUUUCGAAAAUUGCUCUGUUUCACAUUUAUUUGCUUAAUUUUUUUUAAUUUCUCAUUAGUUAGUCAAAGAUGUGAAUAAUGAAUAAUUGGAAUUUUCAAAGAUAUUGAAAGAAUAUUUACAUGCAGUCAAAAUAGUGGGGAGCUACGAUAAUUUCUACUGCUUUGUGAAGUGUUGUGCAAAUUGGAACUAUUGAUCUGCAGAAUUUUGAAGGACUGGGAAGCAUUGGUUGUCAUUUUGUUUGUAAUUUGGUGUUGUUUAGCUGACGAGUGAACAUAUGUUUAUAGUAAAUGCAAUAAGCAGGUAUCGAAUUGCCAGUUAUUAUAUAUGAUUAAUUAUAUUUACGUGUAUAUUUCUCAUUUCCAGGUAGCGUAUUUCCUUUUAUGUUUAAAGAAGAAAUUUAAACAUUUAACAAAUCGCGUUAAAUUUGAAUUUCAACACUAUCACAUAGUGUUCUGACUUGAUACCCAAACUUGGCCAAUUUCAAUUAAAUCCCUGUAUUUUAUUACAGUGAAAGCUUCUAUCAAACAAUAUGGGCUAACCCCAUGCUUAAUCGAAAUAAUUCAAAUUUGAAAUUUUCAGUUAGAAGUCCUUUGAGCUCAUCAAUUCACCAUAAUACAUUAUUCAGAACGGUGAAAACUUCUAAUAGUAUGAACAGCCAAAAUUUGUAUAAUAACAACAUUUAUUUAUAUUUAGUAUUUAAUCGCAUGCAUAACUCACCAAUGAAAAUUGCACAAAUAUGUAUUUUAUGCCAUAUUACGUAGGGCUGAACACUUUUGAAUGUGCAUACUUCUGCCACAUAUCAGAAUAGUGUUUAUUUCAAUUCUUCAUUGUUUUUUCUAGUUUAAUACUGGUAUUUCUUGCUACAACAAUGUGGUUGUUGUUUAAAUGAACACUUCUUUGAUGACAUUGUGAACCCUUCAAAACCCUGUGCAUUUGAGUCUGAAAAAAGAAAUAUGCUCCCAGAUGAGCUAAGAUAAUUCCUAACUUGAUCAAUAGUAAUUUUCACAAAAUUCAGUGGUGAUUAAAAAAGAUGCGGUUGUAAUGAAGGAUGUAAUUUCUCAAGUCGUUCUAGGUUUGGAAGUGUAUUAUUUUUAAGAAGUGUUAAAUUCAAAUACACCAAUAUUUUUGAAAAUGUUUCAGAUAUUUCAAUGAUAUUUAGUAUGAAUUAGUGAAUUAAAAAACUUCAUAUUUUUCUAUACCAGCAUUUACUUUACCAAUAUUCUUAAAGUAAUUUAUUUGUAUUGUAAAAAAUUACUAUAGUGUUUAUUCAUAUCCUUAUGCUUCAUUAACGAUAAGACAAACUUGCUUUGUAUAUUUUUCUUCUUUAAUUAUGAAUAUUUUUAGAAAAUUAAGGUUACUUUGCAUAUGCACAAUACAUUGCCAAACUCAAUUUCUGCUUGUUCAUAGAUUUAAUACUAAUGCUUACACACCUGUACAAAAAUUGUUGAAAUGUCAUCAAAUUACUAUAAUUUUAUCUUUUUCAGUAUAAAGUCAUUUGGUGGUGGCACAUCAUUCUCAUUCUAUUCGCUGUGAAAAGGUAUACUUUGUGUUAACAUAAGCAAAUAAAAAAAAUCAUUUGCCUUCUAAGUGCAACAUAAUUCCUUCUGAUGUCAAUUCUACAAUAGUUUGAUCAUCUUUUGGUUUGCUUGUAUAUAUUGAUUAUGAAUUAUUGUAGAAUCAGUCAAAGUAAUUCAAGGAAUUACCUCAAAGAAUUUUAUUGAAUUUGAGCUUUCAUAAACUAAUUGAAUAAUAUCGACAAUAUAUAUAUCAGGCGAUAUAUAUGUAUCUCAUUGAAAAAGAUUGUAUUCUGACAAUAUCGAUUGGAAUGUAAUAUUUUAACCUAGACAUGAACACUUAAGUCGAGACAAUUAUUCUUGAAAUUUUCAAAUUCAGGAAUCUAUUGGAUUACCCUCAAAUUGAAAUCGCCCUGUAACUAAAAUGAACCCUAUUUUUAGAUGAAAUUAAAUUUUUUCGUACAUGCUACUUAAGUUGAAGUGUAUAGUAUUUUUUUGAACGAAUGUCUAUUUUUAUAUAUUAUAGUCCAUUAAGAGAUUAAAUGCAAGAGCACAGUGUGAAAUUAUUCAAUUCACUAUAAGUCGAGGGCCAAUAUUUUUGUGCAAUACAUUUAGAUGUUUUGUUAAUUUGGUUUGUUGUUUCAGUUAUCAAUAAUUGGAAAUUUCUUGUAAGAAUUAAAUUUUGUUUUCUGUGAAAGCACAAUGUUUGUUUAUUUUUAAUUCAUUUCAAAUUAUUUUCAGUAUAUAUUACUGAAUCAAAUUAAGUUUGAUAACAUAUAUUUGAUGUAUAUUUUUAUGUAUAGAGAAUAAAGAAUAUUUAAAUGUUAUAAUUGUUGAAAUGUAUACUUAAAAAAUGUAUGUAAUACAAUUAUUAAUUGAA